UCCGCCUCCCAAAAAUUUCCCCCCUUUUCCUCCCACCUCCGCAGCAUCCCCACCCACGCCACGGGCCUAAAACCCUAGCCCCGCCUUGCUCCGCGGAUCCUUCCCGCCCAUGGCCUCCGACGACGCCAAGCCCGCCUCCCCCGCCGCAGCGGAUCCACCCGCGGACGACGCCAAGGACCCCGACCCCGCCGAGCCCGAGGCUGAGGCGGAGGCCAAGGAGGGGAAGGGGGAGGAGACCCCGCAGCAGCCGGGGAAGAAGCGGGGCCGGAGGAAGAAGGGGGAGGCUUCGGAGGCGGGUAAGAAGACGCCGCCGUCGAAGAAGGCGUCCGGUCCCUCGGUGGAGAGGCCGUCAAGGGAGAGGAAGACGGUCGAGAGGUACGCGGAGCUCGCCCCGCGCGUCACGCCCGCCAAGAAGUCCCCCGCUAUCCUCCAGGGCUCUGGAACGAAGCUGAAAGACAUCCCCAAUGUUUCCUUCAAACUAUCAAAGAGAAAGGCAGAUGAGAAUCUUCAGAGUCUCCAUACUCUAAUGUACGGGAGAAAAUCAAAUGUCCACUUUUUGAAGAGAAACAUAUCCCAAUUUUCUGGGUUUGUUUGGACUGACAAUCAAGAAAAGCACAGAUGCAGGAUAAAGGAAAAGCUUGACAAAUUUAACAAGGAGAAGUUGCUUGAUUUUUGUGAAAUACUGGACAUUCAUGUUUCAAAAGCAACUACAAAGAAGGAGGAAGUUUCUGCGAAGUUGUUAGAGUUUUUGGAGUCUCCUUGCAUUACUAGGGAUGUUGUCCUCACUGAUGAGAAGAAAGGGAAGAAACGAGGAAGGAGAUCUAAAGGAAGUGGCCAGGCAACUUCUGAAGGUGCCUCUUCAGAGAAGAAAAGGAAAUUGAGCCAGAAACAAGAGAAAGAGAAUGAUGAUGAAGAUGCUGGUCCUGCUGCUUCUGAGGAUGUAUCUAUGGGAGAAGAAGCUGAUGUGGACUCUGAAGCAAAUGAUAAUGCUGUGAGUGAUGAAGAACCUGAUGAGCCUCCAGCAAAGAAAAAGUCAUCAGAUGUUAAGCAAGCAAAGAAAGAAGCUGGGCUUAAGGAAAAAGAAAAGGAUGCAUCAGGAAAAAGGGCUUCUAGGAAUCCUGCAAAAGGUGCAUCAAAGCCUUCUGAAGAUACUAAAGACGAGCCCGAUGUAGAGAGCAAAAAGGUUGGGAAGAGAGGCAAGAGUUCGAAGGAAAGUGAUGUGCCUGUAGAUUCAAAUAAGGCUAAUAAGAAGGUUUCUAAAUCCAAAAAGGAUGAUGGAAAAGAAAUCCAGAAUAAUAAGGCUUGCUCUAAGGAUGGUGCCAAGCUAUCCAAUAAAAGUAAAGCAGGAAAAGGCAAGGGUGGUGCGGAUGCUGGAUCUGCCCCAACCACUGAACAGCUGCAUGCUGUUGUUAGCAGCAUUUUGAAGGAAGUUGACUUCAACACUGCAACUUUGGCUGAUAUUCUCCGACAAUUAGGGGCGCAUUUUAAAAUGGACCUCAUGGACAGAAAAGCAGAAGUGAAGCACAUCAUAGAGGAUGUGAUAAAUAGUAUGUCUGAUGAUGAAGGUGAGGAAGACAACUCAGAAGAUGAAGCAGAAGACAAUGCUAAGGCAGAAAAUUCAAAGGAUGACCCUGAAGAAGGUGAAAAGUAGGUCAGCGAGCCAGAUGUGAUGUGGUCAGAUCAGUCUCGUGUCAGUGUUAUGGAUCAACAGACUAUUUCAUGCCAAUGUUCCCGUUUGGGAGGUUUGGUUCUGUACAAUGGGGCACUACAACAGCGAAUUGGUGACCUGGGUAGUACAAGAUUGUUAACUAUUUCACAGUCAUACACCUAGUUGUGCUUGACUUAUUAGUGACCUGUAGUCUAGUUGCUGGUCAUGUACAAUAGCGGUGCGUUUAAUAGCUUUGUUGCUUAGGUAGCUAGCCUGACUGUAAUAUGCAGAAUAAUUCUUGGUUUGUUUCCUCCAUUUAUCCAUGUAAAACGUGUAUCCGUCUGAAUCAUUUCUGCUGCUUGCAUUU